GUCACACUCGUGUGGAGAAAGAGUAAAAAUCUGAUCUUUUGAAGCAAGUCACGCUACGGAUUGUAGAUACACUGAAUAUGAUGACAACAAAUGUCCCGCGGUCAAGUUCCUAGAUCAACAGAGAAACGCUUUGAGUCUGUCGUGGUAGAAGACGGAUUACCGAGUGGGGGAAAGUCAUCCUCAUUGUGGAAUUAAAGUUUCCAUUUCGUUGCCGACGCUCCUGGGACGAUAGAAUCAUCAAGCAGCGAACUUUCCAGCAAAGAAGAGAACGGUCAAUUUUUGGUCAAUUGUCUUUUAACCAAAUCGGUCAACGGUGAAAUGAAAGGAGUCCUGAUAUUGUGCUUUCACGUGCUGGUGCUUAGCUUUCAAGCGAAGGCAUGGCAAGCGGUCCGCAAUCCAUUCGAGUUCAGCAAGCCACCGGAGAAGUUUCACCAUGUGACAGACUGCAUGCAUGUGACAUCCGAAGAGGGUGAGUUUUUCUUCAAGAGGUCGGCUCCAGUUAUUUCGACGCCAAAGCAUGGUCGGUUGGUGGAUGUUUUGAGUGCGGCACCGGUAAUGGAAGUGUGUGGACUGUACUUGGUUACCGAUCCGGAUAAAGUUGUCGAGGUUGUUGUCAAGCAUCUAGACGUCAACUGCGACACGGGUGGGCUGAUGGCCUUCGUCGAUGGCUGGGAACUGAAUGGGAUGUAUUUCCCAACUGAGUACGAUCACCCGAAAAAUAUGGAUCAACGAAUUGAUGAAUUUUGCAACGAUCCCAAGGCAUGGCCCUUCAGUUCAGUGCGGCGAGUGUUUCGGUCGAGUCAAAAUGCUGCUUUGGUUCAGUACCGAAUACCAAUCAGUGGAUCAUUUUUGGUGUCGGUACGAUAUAUACACAAUCCGGAUCCAUGCAAUGUAAUGGCUGAAGGCGUUGCUCCAUUCUACACUUUGCGAAAUCGUGGUCUUCAUCGAAAUUGCUCCGUAACGGCAGUUUUUCCAGCAGUCAUGUCUGUUGUCGGUGUGGAUGUCGGAGAACGGAAGAAUGGUGUUAGUUAUGACUGCGAUCGACCGGACGCUGCGGACAGGUUGGAAAUCGGAGGAUCAUCGGGGCUGGACUCAUCCAACAUGGACAAAUCGAGCACGAUCUGCGGCAAAAGUAUGGAACCGGGUCCAGAACAGGCCAUCUUCUGCGGUAUCAGCACGGCUCGAUUGAUCUCCAGCGGACGACACUCCAACCAGGCACUAGUUUCCGUUCGGGUUGCGGAUGAAAAUGACAUCUCACUGGCAACGGUACUCUGCGACAUGAGACGGAAGAAAAAGAAAUAAACUACUGUAUAAU